CCUUCUGGGGCUUGUAGUUCCAGCUGAGAGUGGAGCAAAGCCACCGUCAGGUUCCCUUCCCACUCGCCUGUCCUUGCUGGCGGGUCUCUGGGGUCAGCGCCCGGUCCCCGGGGUCAGCGCCAGGUCCCCAAGGCCGGCCCCUCGCCGUCCUCCCCGCAAACAACCUUCGAGGAGGCGGACCCAGCUCAGCCAUGGCCUCAGCAGUGGCCGAGAGACCGCCAGGGGCCCAGGAGAAGACAGCCGCGGGGCCGGCACACCUCGUGGAGUCGUCCGGUGGCCACGCUCAGGGCUUUGAGUGUCCAGUGAUGGCCGACCCGUGCCUGGUACCACCCUAUGAGGCCUGCCGGACCGUGGGUGAAGACAAGUGCCCAACAGGACCCAUCUCAGAGCUGGAGGUCCAGGAGGAACAACUCAAGCUGGAGGAAGAGAGGCUUAAGCUAGAGGUGGAGUCACUAGAGGAGAGAGGCCCCAGGCCUACAGCCUCCAUUGUGAGGGCCAGUCAUGGUCCGAAGAGGAAGCCGGUCAACCUCCCAGGGCCUAGCCACCAAGCCCAUCCUAGGGCUGAAGCAGAGAUGCCACACGGGCUGCCACUGCAGAAGGAGGAAUCGGAGAAUAGCCAGAGUGAGCCCUUACCAUCUGCCAAACAGCACAAAAAAGCCAAGAAGCGCAAGAGUCUGGGGACCCCAGUGCUUCCAGUUCUGGCCAGCACGGUGUCUGCACCUUCAGAGACCUUGGGGCUGGAGCCCCCUGCCCUGACCCGGGUCUUUGCAGGAAAGGCCCAACGCCUGCGGCCCCUGUACCAGUACAUCAACUAUUGCAAUCCGGAGCUGAAUCAGGCAGGGGAGGGGGACAGGGAGGCUGAGGCAGAGAUGGAGACUGAGUUGGAGCUGGCCCUGGUCCCCGCAGAAGCAGGUGUGGAGCAACUGCAGGCCUUGCUGCCUGUGGCAGGGGAGCAGUCUGCAUUUGGUCUGACCAGGAGGGUCCAACACUUAAGGUCCCCCAUUGAGGUGUCCAAGUUCAUCUGCCUACUGGAGGCCAUGGCUGGACCAGACUUUGCCCUUAAGGUGGCCCCGCUAACAGAGGCAUUGGUGCCUUUUUCCUGGCAGCCAGGGGGUAGUGGAGGAUAUGAAUGUUCUCCCUGAGCCUUGCAGACAAGCCACUGGAUAACCACAAAUAGGCAAAAGCUUAAGCGGCAGCCAGUGCUGGACAUUUUGGAAACCCUCAUAUCCUGCUGCCUCCUGGUCCUCCUGCAUGUCCUUCAUAUAUCUUAAAUGUAAGGAUUUCCAAAUUAAAUGAGUAACUUUCCCUCCAAUCUGCUUUUUUUGCCAUGUUUCAUCUGCACAACUGUUCAAGCCAAAAUCAUGGGUGUCGCCCCAGAGCCCAUCCUGUUCUUCGCUUAUUCUUUACUCCUGCAAGCUAAUCAGGCAGCAAAUCUGGUGUAUGUACCCUCUAGGCUGAGUCUCUCAGAUCCUAUGGUCAGCACCCCUGUCCUGGGACGGUUAUCUUCAGGCGAGAGCACCCUACUGUCCUUGCUUGUGGUCCCCUGCCCGAUGAAUCCACCCAGUGAUCCCGCUGCACACCCACCUGAACCCAAUCUGUUACUUCCCUUCUAGCAUCUUGCACCUCUUGCCCCAGCUGCCUUAAAACUUUUCAGUGGUGGGGCACCUGGGUGGCUCAGUGAGUUAAAGCCUCUGCCUUCGGCUCAGGUCAUGAUCCCAGGGUCCUG